GGAAGAUAUGGCCACAAAGAAGGAGCCGAUUGGUAAGCAUUUCAAGAACGGUCAGAGAAGACACCGGGAACACGAGACUGAAUCAAAUACAAAACAAGAUUGUGUCGCACAUGGAGAUCUUCUACCGGCAAUAGCUAAUUCAGACCCGAGAAAUGUAGAUGGACUACCUAUUUUGACUCAACCACUUGGAGCGACAGCGGUGAAUGGCAAUACACGUCCGGUGGCAGAAACUUUAGAACACGUCAGACAAUCUGGUGCCAUAACAGAGCAAACUGAAAGACGAACUGCGCAAGAUGAAAUAUCCAUUCGUGGUCCAGCAGGAAGAACAGGAAGAACUCGUGGGCCAGCAGGAUCAUAUGUUGCUUCUCCAUCCACUAUUCCUGACCCAAUCAGAUUAGAUGAACAGCUUUCACUUUAUAUGGAAAGAAUACCCGAGCAUCUCAGACCUCAAUUUAUGUUCAAUCUAUAUCACCAUCAAUCUGUGGCUCCACUUCAACCUAUUUCUGAAGACCAACAAAAUAGGAUCGAGCAAAAGAAAUUAUUAGCGAGAAUGAUAUUGACAGACAUAUCGAACGAAAUGGAUAUUGAAGACAAAGUGGUGGAAAGGAUAUUAGAUAGCUUAGAAAAACUAUGGUAUUAACGAGAUGGAACAACAGAUUGAUACCAGAAACCUUAUCAUUGAAGACAUUUUAAAAUUGUAAAGCCUCGAAUUCGACUUCAUUCAACGCGUUUUCGCCAGUUAUGAUAUCAACAUCUGGCAUAACGAUCUAAAUUACGGUUUGGUCCAUGCAUAUUUGGAUAUUUUAUGAAUUCUUAAGAUGGGCUGAAUUUCUUGGUAAUAUACUAUGUUUGAGUGUACUGUUUAUAUUAUCUUUUUUGUGUGAUAUUAUCUGCUUUUUAAAUAUGUUGCUGUUAAAUUAAUUAACUUUCUGUGUACAUACAUUUUGAAUAACAAUGGGAUAAAUAUUUAAGUUUGUGGAAAAUAACUGGAAAAAACACCAUUGACAUGAUUGAUGUACAAAAAUUAAUAAAUAACAUAAUCAACAAAAGCUGUUCCUUGAAAGAUGUAAAGAAAGAUACAAUUUAUGUGUAUAUGUUUAAUUCUGGAAAUGUUCUCUGAUGACCAAUGAAGAACAUAUAAUUUGGAUCUGUUUAUCUAAAUAUCAAAUAACUUAAAAGAAUUUAAAACGCUAGUAUAAAGAAUGGUUAUCUUGAACAAUCGAUCUGGCUAGACUGGCAUUUAGAAUGAAACUGUGGCAACAUAAUUACAUAAGAAUAAUAAAAAAGAUGAAUUAUCGUAAACAUUACUGCCAAAUGAUACAGAUGAAAAUACUCACAACUAUUGUACAGACCUACGAAGAGAUUUAUUAACUCUGAACUGUAAUGUAACUAUUACUUGAUGCAUCAGAUUUCUUUUAAAUCUGAGAAGUUAGAAUAGAUAGUUUUAGAUCCUGAUUAUUAUCGUAUACACAUUUACUUGUAAUUUUUUAGCAGAUAAAACACAUCUUAAAUUUG